AUGGCCAUCUGGGUGAAACAGAAGACAGCUGGAAACUCAGAUAUCCCCUUAAAGGGCCAGUGCACAGACUUACACACAGAGCUUCCAUAUGGCUGGGAAAAAAUCGAUGAUCCUAUAUAUGGCACUUAUUAUGUUGACCACAUAAAUAGAAGAACACAGUUUGAAAACCCUGUCCUGGAAGCAAAAAGGAAGCUACAGCAGCAUAACAUGCCCCACACAGAACUUGGAACAAAGCCCCUGCAGGCCCCAGGUUUCCGAGAAAAACCACUCUUCACCCGGGAUGCAUCCCAGUUGAAGGGAACAUUCCUCAGCACCACCCUAAAAAAGAGCAAUAUGGGUUUUGGAUUUACCAUCAUUGGUGGAGAUGAGCCUGAUGAGUUUCUGCAGGUGAAAAGUGUGAUUCCGGACGGGCCUGCAGCACAAGAUGGGAAAAUGGAAACGGGUGAUGUCAUCGUCUACAUUAAUGAAGUGUGUGUCCUUGGACACACUCAUGCAGACGUAGUCAAACUUUUCCAGUCUGUUCCUAUUGGCCAGAGUGUCAGCCUAGUGUUGUGUCGUGGCUACCCUUUGCCCUUUGAUCCUGAAGAUCCUGCUAACAGCAUGGUGCCACCCCUUGCAAUAAUGGAGAGGCCACCUCCAGUGAUGGUCAAUGGAAGACAUAACUAUGAAACAUAUUUGGAAUACAUUUCUCGGACCUCACAGUCAGUUCCAGAUAUAACAGAUCGGCCGCCUCAUUCUUUGCACGCAAUGCCAGUUGACAGUCAGCUCGAUGGCACAUAUCCCCCACCCGUCCAUGACGACAAUGUGUCUAUGGCUUCAUCUGGAGCCACCCAAGCUGAACUUAUGACCUUAACCAUUGUGAAAGGUGCCCAGGGCUUUGGCUUCACUAUUGCUGACAGCCCUACAGGACAGCGGGUGAAACAAAUACUUGACAUUCAGGGAUGCCCUGGCCUGUGUGAAGGCGACCUCAUUGUUGAGAUCAACCAGCAGAAUGUACAGAACCUGAGCCAUACGGAAGUAGUGGAUAUACUUAAGGACUGUCCUAUUGGAAGCGAGACUUCUUUGAUUAUCCAUCGAGGAGGUUUCUUUUCUCCGUGGAAAACUCCAAAACCUAUAAUGGACCGAUGGGAGAACCAAGGCAGUCCUCAGACGAGUCUAUCUGCUCCGGCCAUACCGCAGAACCUGCCCUUCCCACCUGCCCUUCACAGGGGUUCCUUUCCUGACUCAACAGAGGCCUUUGACCCAAGAAAGCCUGACCCAUAUGAGCUCUACGAGAAAUCUAGAGCCAUUUAUGAAAGUAGGCAACAAGUGCCACCAAGGACCAGUUUUCGAACGGAUUCCUCUGGUCCAGAUUAUAAGGAGCUGGAUGUUCACCUUCGCAGGAUGGAGUCUGGAUUUGGCUUCAGAAUCCUCGGGGGAGAUGAGCCUGGACAGCCUAUUUUGAUUGGAGCCGUCAUUGCCAUGGGCUCAGCCGACAGAGACGGCCGCCUACACCCAGGAGACGAGCUCGUCUACGUUGAUGGAAUUCCAGUGGCUGGCAAGACCCACCGCUAUGUCAUUGACCUUAUGCACCACGCAGCCCGGAACGGGCAGGUCAACCUCACUGUGAGAAGAAAGGUGCUAUGUGGAGGGGAGCCCUGCCCAGAGAACGGGAGGAGUCCAGGCUCCGUAUCAACCCACCACAGCUCUCCACGCAGUGACUACGCAACCUACACCAACAGCAACCACGCUGUGCCCAGUAGCAAUGCCUCUCCCCCCGAAGGCUUCACCUCCCACAGCCUGCAGACCAGUGACGUGGUCAUUCACCGCAAAGAGAACGAAGGCUUUGGCUUCGUCAUCAUCAGCUCCCUGAACAGGCCUGAGUCCGGAUCCACUAUAACUGUGCCCCAUAAAAUUGGACGCAUCAUUGAUGGGAGUCCUGCAGAUCGCUGUGCAAAACUAAAAGUGGGAGACCGGAUCUUGGCAGUGAAUGGCCAGUCUAUCAUCAACAUGCCUCACGCAGACAUCGUGAAGCUCAUCAAGGAUGCAGGCCUCAGUGUCACCCUUCGCAUCAUUCCUCAGGAGGAGCUCAACAGCCCAGCCUCGGCGCCCAGCUCAGAGAAACAGAGCCCCAUGGCACAGCAGCACAGCCCCCUGGCCCAGCAGAGUCCUCUGGCCCAGCCAAGCCCAGCCACCCCUAACAGUCCUGUCACCCAGCCAGCUCCUCCUCAACCACUUCAGCUGCAAGGACAUGAAAAUAGUUACAGGUCAGAAGUAAAAGCAAGACAAGAUGUGAAACCAGACAUCCGACAGCCUCCAUUCACAGACUACAGGCAGCCCCCACUGGACUACAGGCAGCCCCCAGGAGGGGACUACCAGCAACCCCCACCCUUGGACUACAGGCAGCCUCCCUUGCUGGACUACAGGCAGCACUCCCCCGACACCAGGCAGUACCCUCUGUCAGACUACAGGCAGCCCCAGGAUUUUGAUUAUUUCACUGUGGACAUGGAGAAAGGAGCCAAAGGAUUUGGAUUCAGCAUUCGUGGAGGAAGGGAAUACAAAAUGGAUUUGUACGUGUUGAGAUUGGCAGAAGAUGGGCCAGCGAUAAGGAAUGGAAGGAUGAGGGUAGGAGAUCAAAUCAUUGAAAUCAAUGGGGAGAGCACAAGAGACAUGACACACGCCAGAGCAAUAGAGCUCAUCAAAUCUGGAGGAAGAAGAGCGAGGCUGCUGCUGAAGCGCGGGACGGGGCAGGUCCCGGAGUAUGACGAACCCAACUCCUGGAGUUGUCCCGCUGCCGCCUCCCCAGGUCUGCCGGAAGUAGGCGUCUGCCUGGAAGAAGUCCUCUCGCCAUUCUCUCCAUCACAUCCAGCCCCACCCUCCGACCCUUCCCACCAGAUAAGCCCAGACCCGGCUUGGGAUAUCAAAAGGGAACACGACGUUAGGAAACCAAAGGAGCUUUCAGCCGGCGGCCAGAAGAAGCAGCGCCUCGGGGAGCAGAGGGAGCGCUCGAUCCACGAGGCACCCAGGCCUGGGAGCAUCUACAUGAGGUCCCAGAUGUCCAACGAGCUUGGGCGGUCCAGCGUCCACGCGCAGACCCAAACUGAUCCUAAAGCCCCCGGUUCCGCUGUGGGGGCUUUGGCAGCUAUGGAAGAACCAAAAUUACGUGAAGAACAUCACGGAGAGACAGUGCAGUGUAGCUUUAGUUUAAAAAAAAAAAAAAAAAUCCCCCCACUGCAUGAAGGAUCUGGAUGUCAUCCAAAUUUUAUAUCAAGAAACUGGACACGUUAA